AUGGUUCCGGUCAUAUCCCAGACUGAUCGCACUGCAGAUAGUACAACAACAGCCAAUCAGAAUCAAGUGUCUUCCCCUUCUGACCAAUCAAAUCAGUCGCCAGAGAAUGGCAGUGAGCAGCCUGCAGGACCUGUUCGUCCCAACAUCAGUGAGCUGGCUGCGGUGCUCGUAGAUAUCAGUCGCCUGAACCAGCGCCUGAGACCUCAGAUUGAGAGAUACGCAGACAUAGUGAGGAAUGACGAAGAGAUGUCCAGCGCAGAGCAGCAAGCCAACACCCGCAUGUGUAGCCUUGUAUCCGAGACCAUGCACGCACUCAGCCAUGCCUACCACUCUGUCAGUGACCUCAUGGUUGACCUGACCCAGCCCCGCCCCCGUCAGCUCUACGUGACCCUGGCUAUAGCCCAGCCCCACACUGCAGUGAUACAGAGAACCAUCCCUGUACAGGCUCAGAUACAGAUUGGGGGCAGUCCUAGACUGAUUCGCCGCCAAUUUGCACCGCCACGGCUACCAAGAGCUGCCACAGACACUAGCAGCUCUACUACGCCUAUAUCAGUGGCUGGUACUGGUACCCAAACACAGACUGCAACCACAGCCAGCACAGGAACCAGCACGGUUCCUCCAUUCAGCACUGCAGGGACCGGGACCCAGACCUCCCCAGCUGCUGGGAGCCAGCAGUCCACUACCAGUACCCAGCCUGCUGGAGGCAGCAGUGACAAUGACUUUAGACGUAUCCAAGAGCAGAUGUCAGCCGGGAUACAGUCCCUGCUGGGAGGGCAGGGCCCAGUACAGGGUAACGGUACCCCGGACAACCCGUUUGUUUUUGUGGAGAUGGGACCGGACAGUAUGACUGUCAACAGCAUCUCGGCUGAAGUCGUGUCGUCUGAUGAUCUGGAUGACAUGCCCUCCAACAUGGUUCCACCAAUGAACUCAACAGCCCCUACAGGGGGUCAGGGGUCAGCAGCAGGUCAGGGGUCAACUCCAGGGGGUCAAAGUCAAGGCUUUGCCCCGGGGGGUCCAAACGACUUUGCAAACAUGUUGCAGAAUCUAAUACAGCAAAGUCUGCAGGGACAAGGUCAAGCCAACGUGCAGGUGGGCGUGCCCAGAAUGCAGAUACAGAUGCCUGGGGUAGGGCGUGGCGUGCCCAGAAUGGAGAUACAGAUGCCUGGGGUAAUGUUUGGUCCUCCGGGCCCACUGCCUCCUGGGGUCAGGGCUGGCACCAUGGGUUCAAUGAGCUUCUCAUAUCGCCCGGGCGUCCCACCCAGGAACGAGUCUGCCACUCAGACCCAGACCGGGCAGGGAGCCAGCAGCGCUACACAGACCUCCAGUUCUGUCACCAGUGUGUCCGGCACCCAGACCACGUCUGGCCCGACCCCCAGCAACACCUCCGGGACUCAGACCCCUGGUAUGGGCCCUGCUGCUGGUAGAACCCAGGCCUUCAUGCUGCCAGGGAUGCCUGCGCUGGCACAGAAUGUGAACCCAGUAGACAGUUACCUUCCCUGCUCCUCAAGACACUUCCUGUCCCAGCAUGCACAGGAGAUUGUUCAGCAGGGAAAUAACAACCAGACAAAUGAGAUGGCACUAGCUGACAUGGUUUCCAACCUGAUGGCAGGUCUUCUGGGAGGAGAACCCACUACUGGAACAGCCACCUCUGCCACCAGCACAGCCACAAGUAGCACCCCCACAUCAACAGGAAGUGCCUUCACCCCGCCAUCUCGACCCCCUGGCCCCCGUCCCCAGGUCAGCGUUCAUGGCCAAAUGCCUCAAGGUCUGGCUGCCAUGUUCCCUGGAAGCAUGAGAUUUAGGACGCAGGGUGGUCCUCCCAUGAUGCCACCAUUCCGACCCCCUCAGUUUCCCCCCAUGCGGCCCCAGGCAGGAGGGGCUAGGCCAGGGACCCCCGGGACGACUCAGCCUGGCCCUGCCCCAACUAGUGGCACUGAACCUCCAUUCCUGCAGAUGCUGAGAACCAUGCUGUCUUCAGCUGCAACUGCUGGUGGCAACCAGUCCGACCUGGCCACUUCGACACAGUCAGCAGCCGGAACACAGUCUACUGGAGCUAGUAACCAGUCAACUUCAGAAGGGGGAAACCAGUCUAACUCUGCCACAGCAAACCAGUCCCCAGCCAUUGCCCAGUCUACGGGACCCAGACCGGGCCAAUCAGAAGCCCAGCCCAUAUCAGAUGAGGCUUUUACCCAGCUUGUUAGUGGCAUCACAAACUAUAUGUCCCAGGCAGCACUGGGCCAGGCACCGAGGCAGACUAUCUCUGACUUCCUGUCUGGACUCGGUCAGGAGCACAGCAUACCACAGGGUGAAGGAUUCCUCAAUGAGAUAAUGUCCUGCGUUCUGUCCAGCCUACAGAUCACAGACCUGCUGUCAGUGUUCUAUGGUCAGCCAACCCCCCUCAACCAGGUACAGGCCCCACUGCGGGAGUUCCUGGGUAGGCGGGUACUUAACGGGGCAGAGUGUACACCUGACAACGUCCGCAGCUCUGUGGAGGACUUAGUGGAGUCCAUGGAGACAGAGAUAGCAGACACAGUGUCUGCAGCCCAAUGUAGGCCACACAUCGACUUCCUGUCAACCCUGAACAGGUUUCUGGAACAGCACUUCUUCAAUCUGGUCACAUUUGUCAUGAAUUCCAGAGAGAGUGACCCUCAUUUCGGGCAGGACCUGUAUGCUAGUGUUCGUCGUUUCCUCUCAGAGCUGUUUGUGCUGUGCAGUCGAUGCCUGGGAGGGAUCACACAGGUGGAGGCUCUGCUACGCAGCAGGCUGGCCAUGUUCACAACUGGAGUAAACCCUCUCAUCCAGCAAUGGAUGGUUGCAACUACAACCCAGCAGUUUGCCUCAUUCAUCCCGACAAUCACUGUGUCCGAGGGUGAAGUGGCCCAUUUCCUUGUGUACCAGUCUGCGGGACCCCAGUCUGCAGGGGCUCAACGCAGGGCACGGUCUGGCGUGAAAAAAGUGUCAUCAUCAGCAGCAGAAGCUGCGUCUUCGGCGUCCACUGCUCAGAGUUCUACACAGGAGAGUUUGAGCAAGUCAUCAGCUACCCCCAAGGCCAGUGUAAAGAGGGAUUCCUCGCCCCUGAGGGAGCCGUCCCCUAAACGUGUAAGCAAGUCAGGUGUGGAAGGGGCCAGUGAGAAAACAAACGGUCAUCCUAUGGAGACAAGUCCUCCUGUAGAUGCUCGGUCACCUGGAGCAGCAGAGGUGGAGGUAGACAUCCCUCUGACCCUCUCUCCUGCCCGUGAGAUCAAGGGCGCAGCUUCAACAGACAUGGGGCGCAGCAAGAAGCCCCUAACACCAGUCAACCAGCCCACGUCUGCCGGGGCACAGUCUGCCAGCGAUGGAUGGGAGUCUGUUGUACCCUCGGACUGGGUGCCAGUGAUCAUGCGUGACAUUGAGACACAGAGGGGCCAGGCCCCACAGCGGCCCCACAGUGACGUCUACAUGCAGGGGGUCCCUCCCAAACGCAGAAAGAUGAUGGCCGAUCAGAAGCCUGGCGACCUCUCCAAUCCUGCUCAUGUCUUACCUGACUCGAUACGCCAGGCGGUUGCCGCAGCAGCCGUCGAGCCAAUCAGCAGCCUUGACAACCUGACGACUGAGCUGGCCAGCGACUCUGACCUUCACGAUGCAUUUGAGGCCCAGUUGAGCCGGUCCCUGGCCCAGAGGCUCGAUAACGAUACAGACUACAAGUCUAACAGGUUUCCGAACACGGAGGAGUAUUACCACAAGUCGGAGAAAUGAGAGCAGGAUAUUGACAUUGGGAGAUAGUUGUAAAUUGGGUUCUGGGAAAACUGGGCUUAAUGCAUAUGUUUUUAUUGUCAUCCCAGAUUAGUCUCUGCAGUCUGCAUAGGCUAAUCAGGGACUACACUUUCCACCUAUUCUUGAUAUUUGUUUGCAAGAGACCUCUUUGAAACGGAAUAUUAAAAAAAAAAAGCGGAUUAUGUCAUCCCUGAUUAGCCUGUGUGGACUGCAAAUGCUAAUCUGUGAUGAAAGUUUACAUGCAUGCAUUUAGCCCAGUGUUUUGAGAAUGCUGUUCUUUGUAAAGUCUUAAAGGGAGGUCGGAGAGGAGUUAUGUUGUAGGGCUGUAGGGAAUGCAUAGACGCAUGUAGCACAGUGAAGCUGCGUACAUCUUCACACACCACUCUUCCCUACUACCGCUCAGGGGUGGUUGGCACUGAAAUGUUUCAUUUUUUAUUUUUAUUUUACUAUUGCUUGAAUUUAAUGACAAAUAAGUAUUACAUAUUUAUAAUAACCUGAAUAAUCUUAAUUGCAUUUGUUAUCGUUUGGAUUUCCUAAUUAGCCAGAAUUUUACAAAUUACCAGGAUGGUAUUUCUCUCCAGCCUUUUGAUCAACACCCUGCAACUGUCUGAUCCUAGAUCCUUACCUUGUGACUGUAAUGUCUCGUUUGUGAAUAACAAGUCUUCGUUUUUCCACAAAUUGUGUGAAAACUUAAUGUGCCCGUUUUACUGUUGACACAGUUUUUACAAUUUGGAUAUGCAGAUAGUUAACAGAAUUACAGAUGUGUAUAUGUCUUGAUUGGGUUAUCAUUUACUUAAUAAUACAAUUCAUGAUAGUGUUUUUUUCUUAACUUUCAUUAACAAUUUCAUUGUAUUUCAUUGUAUAAUAUAACUAUAAUAUUUAUAAUAAUUAAAUGCUUAGCAUAUACAGUUGAUGUAUGGAAUAAAGUUCUUAUAGCAUGUUUUCUUAACUUCAGAACUCUUUGCUUAAAAAAUAACUUUAGCGUGAGCAUUAUAAAGUGUAUGCUGUCGAUUGAUAAAAUAAAGAAUGUUUUUACAACAAACUACAUAUAUGCAGAAAACCAUUGUUAUAUGCACAUUGUUAAAUUUGUAAUUAACAUCAGUGUUAUUCACAUAGGAACAUUUAUUUAAUUACAAUUUAUUUUUUUAAAAAGACGUCAAUUACAUUUACAUAUGAGCAAUUGAGUCGCACCAUAUGCGGUAAGUGUAGAGCUGGACCAGUGUGCCCAUCCUGUCGCAGUCUGGUCUAGAGCCAUCCUGUCGCAGUCUGGUCUAGAGCCAUCCUGUCCCAGUCUGGUCUAGAGCCAUCCUGUCCCAGUCUGGUCUAGAGCCAUCCUGUCCCAGUCUGGUCUAGAGCCAUCCUGUCCCAGUCUGGUCUAGAGCCAUCCUGUCCCAGUCUGGUCUAGAGCCAUCCUGUCCCAGUCUGGUCUAGAGCCAUCCUGUCCCAGUCUGAUCUGGAGCCAUCCUGUCCACUUAUGAGAUCACAAAACUUUGCUAGGCUUUACAGCGGACAGGGAAGCUCCUUACCAAAUUGAUAAAUUGCGAUGGAUCUAUGAUGGCCUUAUAUGGCAUAAUAUCCAUUUUUGCAUGACACAAGUCCGAUAAACAAUCCACAGGUGUUGUUUAAUGAAAGCCUUCAAAUUGCAGCAGUUGCAUCAUAGCAGUGUUUUAUAAAGAGACAAGAAUGUUUUUCAAAAUAAAAAACGCUUGUACUUUAUGUGGUAAUAACUAUAUAUAGACUAACUAUUUCUAUUAUUUUGAUAAAUGUAUUCAGUUAUGUCAUGUAUAUGAAUAUACGGCCAUCCACCCAAAAUACAUUUAGUGUAAUUAUGACUAAGUUGUACGUUUAUUGUACACAAUACAAUGAUAAGUAACAUAUUUAAAUGGGCCAUGCUCUGUGAAAAGGGGGUUUAAUGCAUGUGCAUAAAGUCCGCACAGGCUAAUCAGGGACGAUACUUUCUGCUUAAACUAGUUUUUUGCCAAGAAGAGACUUUCUUAAAACAAAAAAUAUCAUAAAAGCAGAAUAGUUGUCCCUGAUUAGCCUGUGCAGACUGUACAGGCUAAUCUGGGAUGACACUGUACGCACAUGCAUUAAGCCCAGUUUUCAAAUUGCACGGCCAAAAUAUAAAUAUUUUUAAUAAAUAUUUCCUUGUUUUGUCUUCAGAGACUUGUCAUGUGACCUUUUAUUGAAAAAGAUUGAAAAUCAAAUACUGCGUAAUGUCUUAACAUGAAUUAUUAUACAAUCUGUAAUAUGUAAAAAUGAAGUAUUUUUUAAAGGAAAACCAUUGAAACACUGACAUUUUGUUGCUUUUGUUUAAAACAAUACGUGUUUGGUACAUGUUCUAAUAUUUUAUUUGUUAAAUUUGGUCUUUAAUAGCUGUUCUUCAUCGCUGUAUGUGGAGAAAUGCAAUUUUGUAAUGAAAUAAAUACACAUAUUGCUUGUA